CAUGUCAAUGAGUGAAUUAUCAAAUGAAAUCAAUUUGGUUCCUAAAAAUGAUGAUGAUAAUGAUGAUGAUAAUGAUGAUACAAUGAAAUCAAAUGAUUAUUUAAAUGGAUUAACGAUAUCAAAUUGUACACAAGAUAUUCAUACAGAAUUAUCAACUCCAUUAUUAAUGAUAACUAGUCCAAAUAAUAUGAUUAUUUAUGAUAAACAUGAUCAGGAUCAGGAUCAACAUCUUGAUCACGAUCAUGAUCAUGAUCAUGAUCAACAGCAGCAGCAACAACAACAACAACAACAACAACGACAACAGCAACAUGUAACUAAGGAUAAUCAAAAAAAUCAAUUAACUGUAAAUAAACAACAUUUAUAUUGUAUAGAUCCAUCUAUGAAUUAUUUCAAUACUAAUAACAAUAAUAAUAAUAAUAAUAGACGAUAUAGUGAUCAAGGUAGUAGAUUAUGUAAUAAACAAACUAAUCUAUCAUCAAUAUAUAAACGACAAAGUCUAUUUAAUAUUAAUACAAAUCAUCAUUCUAAUCAUUCUAAUCACCCUGAUCAUCAUCAAUAUCCUCAUCACCAUCAUGAGUUGUAUAAGACCCGUUUAUAUCCACCGACAAGAUUCAAGAAUUCAUCUACAUCUAAUGUUGAUUUAUUAGCUGAAGCCAUAUUGAAAAUGCAAGGUACAUUGAAUUUUCCAGACAAUGAUUCUAUUCAGAAAUCAAGAAUAGAUAGUAGACGUUCCACUUUAAGUUCUAUAUCAACAACAUGUUUUCCAUUGAAUUUUCGUCAUUUAAAAAGAAAAUCAUGUUUUGAUGAAACUAUUAAAUUUAAUGAAUUAAAAAUGGACAAUAAAGAAGAUUCUCAUUGUACUAAGGUGUAUCCAGCACUUCAUCAAACAUCUAGUCUUCAAAAGAUCAAUCCACCAAUGAAUAAUAAGGAUGAUAAUGAUGAUGCUGCUGCGGAUGGUGAUCCUGUUGCUGUUGUUGCUGCUGAUGAUGAUGGUGAUGAUGCUGAUAAGUUAACAUAUAGGAAUCAAACCAAUUCCAUGUUAAUACCUACUUGUAUAGUGAAUUAUGAUUCAGAUGAGAAAAUUUGUACAGAUCAUCAAACUAAUCAAAAACUUUCUUCAAAAUAUCAUUCAACCAAUUUAACAUUACCAAAUUCUCAAUAUAAUGAAAGAAAAUCAUCAAUAGGAAAUCAAUUAGAUUCAAUGAAUAUUAUAUCAUUACAUGUACCAAAAUUACCACAAAUCAAUAAAAGUUUAAGUAGUGAUGGUGAAUUAUCAUUAAGAAUAAGAAGAGUAUCUAUGAUAUUACAGAGUAGACAAGAUAUGAUAACAACACAUACAUGUAAUCAAUAUAAUGAUAAUAAUAAUAAUAAUAAUAAUAAUAAUAAUAAUGAAAUUGGUAUAUCUAAAUUGAAUAGUUCUGGAUCAUCUACAAUUCAUUCAAAGAAGAAUAAUCUAAAUGAUAUGCUAGAUCAUACAAACCCUAUUCAUGGUGAUGAUAACGGUGAUGAUGAUGAUAAUGAUAAUAAUGAUGGUAGUCCUAUGCUGAAAAAAAGUAAAACAUCUAUUGAAAAGAUUCAAUCCAAUGAUCAUUUAGAUCCAUUAAAAGAAACAUUCAAUAAUGAAAUGAAUAAAAAUUUAUUAUUCUCUAAUAAAUUUAAAAAAGAACGUCGUUUCACUGAUAAAUUAUCUAAAGGUAUUGGUUAUCAUCUUGGUAGAAGGCGUCGUCUAUUAGAAAGUCGUAGAAGAAUGGCUGAUUUUGCAUUAGCAUUUAGUAUAUUUGGUAUAUUGGCAGCAUUUCUUGAUAUUGAAUUCAUUUCAAGAUCAUUGUAUAAUAAAAAUAGUAUAUAUUCAACAACGAUGCGAAUCUUGAUUACUUUUUCAACAAUUAUUCUUCUACUACUUAUAAUAUGCUAUCAUACAUAUGAUAUAAUGGUGUUUCUAUGUGAAGAAUAUACUAAAGAUUGGAGAAUAUGUGUUACUAAGCAUAGAAUUAUACAAAUUAUUACAGAAUUAUUGAUUUGUUCUAUUCAUCCAUUUCCUGGUAUUGAUUUAUUUUUUAAUCAUUCUUUCCCAGUAACUAAUUCUAUAAAUUAUAAACGUAAUUAUUCAUUACAUCAAUUAAGUGAUCAUUUUAGUCCAUAUUUAUUAUUAAUAUUACCAAUGUUAGGUCGUUUAUAUUUAGCAUUACGUACAUUAUUAUUACAUUCAAGAAUGUUUAAUGAUGCUGGUUCAAGAAGUAUUGGAGCAUUUAAUAAAGUUAGUUUCAAUUUACAAUUUGUAUUGAAAACAUUAAUGACAUUAUGUCCAGCGAAAGCAUUACUUGUAUUUAUUACAACAAUAUGGAUAAUAUUCAGUUGGACAUUAAGAGCUUGUGAAUUGGAACAAGGAGAUAAUCAUUUAUCAUUAUUAAAUUCAGCUUGGCUUAUAUCAGUUACAUUUUUAAGUAUUGGUUAUGGGGAUAUUGUACCACAUACUAGUUGUGGUAGAUUAAUUGCUGUUGCAACUGGACUUAUGGGUUCCGCUUGUACUGCAUUAUUAGUUGCUGUAUUUUCAAAGAAAUUAGAAAUGACUAAAGCUGAAAAACAUGUACUACAUUUUAUGGAAUCUAGUAAACUAACCAAAAAAGUUAAACAUUGUGCAGCUAAUGUACUCCGAGAAACUUGGUUAUUAUAUAAACAUGCAAAAUUAAUGCCAACAUUUAAUUCCCAUCGUGUUCGAGCACAUCAACGUAAAUUCUUACAAGCUAUUUACAGAUUAAGAACAAUGAAAGUGAAACAACGUGAACUUCAAGAUAAAUCCAACUCUUUAGUGGAUUUAGCAAAGCUUCAAACAAAUGUUUAUGAAAGAGUUGCUGAUAUUUCAUUACGUCAGGAGGAUUUUCAAAAUCAACUGACAACAAUUGAAGAUAUGCUCAGAAGUAUACAGAAAGCAUUAUUACAACGAAAUAUGAUCAAUUCUGGGUCAGUAGAUAAUAGAUGAAUCAAAAACUGAAGUUAUCUCGACCACAACUCCAACAGUUACUUACCAUUUUGAAUGUAAUUUUUGUAAGAAUGUUCUAUUCAUAAAUGUAUAUUAACUUACUUACCUAUCUACUUACCUACUUACUUGCCUACUUACUUACUUACUUACUUACUUACUUACUUACUUACUUACCUGUAAAUGUAUUGAUAUAUAUACACAUAUAACCUUUCAUAAUGUUUUCCAUUGUAUUUAGCUGUAUAACUUAGUUACAAAUGAAUGACUGAAUGAAUGAUUUCUCUAUUUUAUUUUUGUUUUUUUUUUUUGCAAUAUAAAUAUACAAGUAUAUAUGUGAUAUAUUUAGCGAGUUCGUUUUCUACGGGAUGGGGUCAUCAACCCCAUACUUUACCCUGGUCCUAUAUCAGGGCUUAGGACUGGCAAUAGCUCUAGCGAAGCUCCAUGUGAAGUAUGUGAUACAUCUGUGGUUUUUCAAUAAGGGUGGGAGGAAGGAAGGAAGGAAGGAAACUUGCUCGUUUUGUUUUGGAUGAUAGUUUAUCAUGAGAGUGUUCUGUAGUGUCGGUUGCUAUUGUUAAGCCCACACAUAACUUAUUCUAGCUACUGGAAAGGUCGAUUUAUCCAUUCUUGACCUCGUUUAUUUAUUUGAACAUAAAAAAUAUUGGUACAAAGCAGCACCGACUACAUAUGCGCUACACAAAUCACUUGAUUUGUGUGUGAUUUAGGAUACUGACCGGGUGUCUUAACCGAAGCAAGUGGUUUUGUUAGGAGGAAACUCCCAAAGCCUUCGACCUAGAGAUAUAAUCCAUAAGCCAGUGAAGCAACAUCAGGAGAUGCAGUCUCGUGCUAGUCGGUGAACAAUAAUUGAUUGAUACGCCAACUGUUCCUUCAAAAUUCUGGAACCCACGUACACCAUUGGUUUGGAAUGGGGGUUUU